CAAAGGAAUCGGCUCUUCCUUCAGGGAUUGCAGGGGGGUCCCAGAGUUCCCCCCACGACACCUCCCUGUGCUGGUGGGGCCCUUCACUCAGGCAGAGCUGCCGGCGCUGUGUCGCUGUCCCUCCCUGGCACGGCGCUGGGGGCGAGGGGGGCCCGGUGUUCCCCAGCCCCACGUUCGAUGGUCCCGGCCCCAGGGCAGGUACGGGCCGGGAGGAGGGCAAGGAGGAGCUGUGGGGGAGGGAGAGGGUGUGCUGCAGAGGGAGGUCUCGGAGCAGCUCCUGUAAAGGCUGGAGCCGCUGAGGAGGAGGAGGGCUGGCAGCAGCACAGGUCGGGAGCAGCCGGGGUGAAGGUGGGUGGGCUGGACCCACCUCACCUACCUGAAAGACAAAGGUGUUCUGGGGGCAGGAGCUCUCUGGCAGAGAAAACAGAAGCAGGGGCUGGGGAGAUGGGGCUGAUCCGGAGGGAAGCACAGCCUGUCCCUCCAUCCCCCUGCCUUGGCUGAGGGUUCUCCUGCUCGCAGGUGCUGCUCCCUGGGACCUGCUGGAGCUGAAGGGACGUGGAGGGGCCAUGGGGGCUCUCAGUAUCCUGGGCUGGCUGCUCCUGCUGCUGCUUCUGCUGCUGAUGCCGGUGCCCCGGGCGGCAGGCGCCCGGCCCUGCAUCCCCAGGGAUUUUGGCCAUGGCUCGAUAGUCUGUGUCUGCAACGCCACGUACUGCGACACGCUGGACCCCCUGGUCCUGCCACCCCCCGGCUCCUACGUCAAGUACGAGAGCAGCAAGGCCGGCAAGAGGCUGGAGAGGAGCGAGGGGAAAUUCCAGCACAGCCUGCACACCCCAGGGCUGCUGCUGACCCUCAACAUCACCACGCUGUACCAGAGCAUGAAGGGCUUCGGCGGGUCCCUCUCGGAUUCAGCUGCCAUGAACAUCCUGCGGCUGUCACAGCCGGCCCAGGACAACCUGCUGCGCUCCUACUUCUCCGCGUGCGGGAUCGAGUACAACCUCAUCCGGGUGCCCAUGGCUUGCAGCGACUUCUCCGUGCGCCCCUACAGCUACGACGACAUCCCCCAUGACUAUGAGCUGAAGCACUUCAGGCUGGUGGAUGAGGAUGUGAAGAUGAAGAUCCCUGUCCUGCACAGAGCCUUGGCCAUGAGCAAGCGGCCGCUGUUGCUGUUCGCCAGCCCCUGGACUGCCCCGGGCUGGAUGAGGAGUAACGGGGACAUCCGUGGGAAGGGGACGCUGAAGGGGCAGGCGGGGGACAAGUACCACCAGACCUGGGCCAACUACUUCAUCAAGUUCCUGGAUGAAUACGCCAAGCACAACGUGACCUUCUGGGCGGUGACGGCGCAGAACGAGCCACUGGCGGGGCUCUUGACACCCCCCGAGUUCCCCACCAUCGUCUUCACGGCCGCGCAGCAGAGAGACUUCAUCCUGCGUGACCUGGGCCCCGCGCUGGCCCGCAGCCCCCACCGCACGCGGCUCCUCAUCCUCGACGACCAGCGCAUCCACCUCCCGCACUGGGCCAAAGUGGUGCUGGGCAAUGCCACAGCUGCCCGUUACGUGGCCGGCCUGGGGGUCCACUGGUACAUGGACCCCAUUGUCCCGCCUGGCUGCAGCCUGGAAGCCACCCACAAACUCUUCCCUGACCAUUUCCUCCUCUACACGGAGGCCUGCAGUGGCGUCUUCAGCUUCCGCUUCGCCGUGUCCCUGGGCUGCUGGGAGCGAGGGGACCAGUACAGCCACAGCAUCCUGACGGUCCUGAACCACUUUGUGGCCGGUUGGACCGACUGGAACCUGGUCCUGGAUCUGGAGGGGGGGCCCAACUGGGUCAAGAACUUCGUGGACAGCCCCGUCAUCGUGGACGGCAGCAAGGACGUCUUCUACAAGCAGCCCAUGUUCUACCACCUGGGGCACUUCAGCAAGUUCAUCCCCGAGGGCUCCCGGCGUGUGGGGCUCCACAGCAGCCGCCGCUGCCUCCUCUGCCAGCUGGAGCACGUGGCCGUCCUGCGCCCCGAUGGUGCCCUCGUCCUGGUGGUCCUCAACAGGUUUGGCUGGGAUGUGCCAUUUGGGAUCCGGGACCCCGCCAUGGGGUUCAUCGAGACCGUGGCUCCGGCUCACUCCAUCCAGACCUACCUGUGGCGCCAGCAGUGAUGGCCGGGGCAGUGCUGGGGGGCUCCAGGGGUUAACUCUUCCCCCACCCUUUCCAGCACCCCUCAGUGGUGAUGACCCACUGCUGGGGGCGCAGGAGGGACCAGGGGCUGAGCCCUUGUGCGAGGGGCUCCGUGUGCUCCUGGCCAGGGCUGCUGCUUCCCAGCCCCUCCCCUCCCUCCCAGCAUCCCCCAUCCCCCUGGAAGCUCCCCGUGCGCCUCUCCUGGACCACACUUCCACACGUGGCUCCCUCGAAACCUUCGCGUGUGUCUCGGGCGCCAAGUAAAGCCAUGACGCGCUC